CCCCUUUCGUCAUUCUUCAAGAUCGCAGAGCCCCAAUAUGGAAAUGAGAUUUACCUGAUACAACCCCAAUAAAACUGCGCUAUUUUCGCGGUUUAAUUGAUUGCUUGAAAGUUAAUAAAAAAAAAAAAGGCUUUGUAGGAUUGCCCUUAGAAUCUUGAUUACUCCUUCUUUACUGGAUUAUCAAGCUAUAUCACAAUUGGGUCAUCGGAAGAAAUUGCAAUUGAAUUUUUUGGAAUUCACAAUGAAUUCUUCUUGGAUGGAAGUGGAGCGUCCAACGGCCACGCACUUCUUCAAGUCUAUACCACGAGCCUUCAGUGGGCUGCUUAACAAAGAGAAAUCAAAGGAAGCAAUUAUAAUGAGUCGAAAGGGGUCAUGGCAUGUUGGAAUUGGCGUAUGCGAUGAGGGCAAUAUAUAUUUUGAAGAGGGUUGGAGUGAAUUUGUGCAGCACCAUGACCUAAACAUUGCAGAUUUCCUUGUGUUCCAACACAAGGGGCUUAUGCAUUUUGAGGUACUCAUUUUUGGUCCUAGUGCGUGUGAAAAAGAAUUUCCUAACGGGUUGGAUGAAGAUGAGAAGAUUGCACCUGUUAGGGUAAACAUCCAGAAACACACCAAGCAAGAUAACAGAGUAAAUCCACUUGAGAAAGCUGCAUCUGAUUCCCAGAGGAAUCCUUAUUUCGAAACAACAAUUCAUUCGUCUGGGAUCCGUGGUAAUCUGACUGUCCCUGCAGAUUUUGUGAGAUCAAAUGACCUUGUUCAGAGAAACAGCCUUACUCUCAGAGAUCCUUCGGGAAAGUCUUGGCCAGUGAAGCUCAAUCACCGGCAUGUGUAUGCAAGAAACUCUAGACGCCUGACAAUGGGACGCGGUUGGAGCUCAUUUUAUGCAUCCAACAAGUUAAAGAAAGGAGAUGUCUGCAUUUUUGAGCUCAUUGACACUACUAGAAAAUUCGGCACUGUCCUGAUGGAUGUACAGAUCUUUCGGGCGCCAAUUUAGGUUAUCAUCGGCACAUCUUAUACUUUCCUCCUUUAAUUUUGUGUUUGUUUUGAGUAAUAAGAGUUUUUGCAGACAAUUCUAGCCUACUCUGCCAGUGAAUCUACCCUUCACCUUGCGGCAGUCAUGGUUUUAUCCAGAGUCAAUCGCCAUUAUUCCAAAACUGGGUUUUGCUAAUGAUAGAAAUUCUAAUUGCUUGCUUCUUGUUUUUGUUUCUCUCGAGCAGGG